UCAGAAAAUUCGUUGAUUCGAAAAUUCGGGUUACGGGUGCGCCAAAAAGUUGAGGUUACGUCGAUGUUUACUUUUUUUGUACAAAAAGAAAAUUUUAACAAGUAAUAUUCGUCGGGAGUAAAAUUUAGGCGAAUUAUGGAAAAGAAAAAAUUGGUGACGAGGUACAUCCCUGCUGGGAUGAAUCUUGCUUCUCUGAACCCCCAACCAGCAAAAUAUAGAACAAAAAAAUGUAAACCAAUCCCUUUUGAUAAAAUAUUGGAAAGGGAUAUUUUCUUGUCAGAAGACGAGGAUGUGAGCACACAAGUGGUCACUAGUCCUCCAAGAAAGGAGGAGAAAGAGCGACAAAAAAUGAAACCACCACGCACGAUUUGUGCAAACAAGUCGCUUUGUUUCGACGAAUAUAACAUUAAAAUAACUGAAACUCCAGGGUUUGAGAAAAUACCAAGUGAACCACCACUUGUGAAAGAAACCACUGAAGCACCUGUUUCCUUUAAGGCUAAAAUGUUUGAGAGACUUAAAGUAACCGAAACUCCAGCGUUAGGGAAAAUAGCAAAUGAACCAUCUCUUGUAGAAGAAACCAUUACACCACCUGUUUCUUUUAAGGCUAAAAUGUGUGAGAGACUUAAAGUAACUGAAACUCCAGGGUUAGGGAAAAUAGCAAGUGAACCAUCACUUGUGGUAGAAACCACUUCAGCACCUGUUUCAUUUAAGGCUAAAAUGUGUGAAAGACUCCAGAGACAUAAACUCAAAAAACAAAACGCCAGUCCUGAUUCCACAGCACAUUCCAGUGAAAGACAAGUUAAAAUACAAAAGUGCGAGUGUAGUGACUGUGAUAAAUUUGCGUCUUGUACAUUUUGGCUGCAUAAUAACGUAACAUUUGACGAAACUGGCAAGACUGUUACAAAGGGGCUACCACUACUGAAGGGCGACCCGACUGAUAAAGAGAUUUCAAUUUUCAAAACUUUCAAUAAAAUCAUACUUCAUGGGGUGGUCAUCCCAAAACCGCUGUUUUCUUUAGAUGAAACCAACAUUGACGCCAACAUUCAGAAAGCAAUGGUCAAAAUAAAUUGCGCCUCAUCUAAAGACGUCCAGUCUUACAUGUGGCCAGCCGUCCAAAGAGGCCUGAACACUUUUAUGAUCGCUGCUCCCAAAUCGGGAAAAACUUUAGCAUAUUUGCCGGCAUUUUGCUCUUUUGCGAUGGAAAAAAAUGACCGAUAUGCCGAGCUGGCACAGUAUACGGGACCCCUAAUUAUCAUAUUAUGCCCAACUAGUAAAAAUUGUAAUGAAUUGCAUGACUUAAUCACGGAACUGGUCGUUGAGUGCUGGGACGCCCCCGUGGUUGAAGUUUUAACAGAAAAUUCUCCAGUUCAGAGCGACUGUGAUAUUUUGGUAACGGUGCCCUCAGUACUAGAAGAGUGCCUUAAAGCGGGAAAAGUCAGUUUAAAGCGGCUGUGCCACCUGGCCAUAGAAGAUGGAUAUUUUCUCUUGAAGAACCACAACCAGAGCAUGGAAAAGUUGCUUAAAAUUAUAAAUAUUGCACAAACAAAUCGACCCCAUAACAAGAAUAUCCAAAUUGUGGUCAGUUCCGAGAAGUGGUCGUCUGAUCUUGAGCUGCUGUUAAGAAAGCUGUACGUGACUCCACUUGUCUGUUUUGAAGAUUUUCUCGAAGCGGCUGUUUACUCUAAAGUGGAGUUCAAGAAAAAGAAAUUGAAGUCGUUGUAUAAACUCUUUUACCUAGACGAUGUGCUGAAAGGGCACUACAUGACCCACAAAGCCGUUGUGUUUUGUGAAGAGGAGGAGAUCGGAACGAUCAAAGAGCACCUGGAAAUUAGCGGCGUGGAAUGUAUUACGAUUUCUAAUGACCUAAUUGAAGACGAGAUUUUUGAAAAUGAAGACAUGUGGCGAUCGUUGCCCACAGGACAAUAUAAAGUCUUUUUGUGUACUGAUGCCCUAUUUGAGAGGACGGCACGCGUAUUGAAUGCCAACUGGGUCGUUCACUACAGCCUCCCGUCAAAUUGGACGCAGUUCCAGAAACGUUUCAGGUGUUUGGUUGAAAAUUUGUGCUCACCGUUCGAUGUCAGCGACAACAUUUACAAGACCAACGAUAAAUGCAGUUUUCUUCUAAUUGACGAAGCUUGUGAUAACCAGAUAUUCCUAGAUUUUUUUGAAGUGUUGACCCGCAAUUUAGUGACGCAUUUACAGUUAAAGUAAACUGUGUUUUAUCUUCGGGGAAAGGCAACACAAUGAGAUCAGAAACUCUUAAACUGAGGACGUACUUUAUCCGGAAACCCAAAAAAGUCAUCACUUUUGAGUAUGUCACAAGUAAAAGUCAUUACGCCUAAACGGUCUUUCUUUUGCUGUUUUAGCAAUUUCUGGAGAAUUACACCAAUAGGUGUCCUAGUUAAACUAAUAAACAUUCUAGGAAAAUUUCAACAAAAUUCCGAUUUGAUUAUUUUAUUAAUUUACUCGUUACCAUUUUUUUUGCUUUGUUCGAACUUUUCAGUUUGUUUUUGAGCCAAAAUCUUUUGCUAAAACAGAAACGGGUUUUUCGAAAACCUUGUUAAAGACAAGUCAAAAAAUAAAUGCGGGAUAAAAUGCGUAUGUAGUAAUUUGUAGUAACAUAAACACAUAACAUCACUUAAACUAUCACACUUACUACUCCUAGGAGCAUAAUUUAGACUGUUGUAAAAAUUAAAAUAGUGUUUUUCUAAGGAUUUUUACGAACUUUUGUACGUUCCAUAUCCUUUUUUGAUCGUUUUAAGUAAUUUUAAAAGUCCAGAUACUGAAACUCUUCAGUAAACCCUGCCAUGAUUCAACAAAAAUUAAGUUGU